AUGGCAGUUGCUUUGACUGGCAGAGCACUGGGUAGCUUACCAAGUAACAUGAAAAUAAACCCGAAGGAGCAUGCUAAGGUAAUUACAACUCGAAGUGGAAAGCAAUUGCCAAAAAUCCGUGUAAAAAGGUCGGGUGUAAAUCAAGAAACAAAAUCUCCAACGAUGGAAGAUCCUAUAGAGCAUGACGAACAGAUAGAGGAAUCCAUCCCAGCUGAAAAACCAUGCAAAACACAAGGUAAAGCAACUAUUAACCCUCAUGAGCCUUCCAUAAAUUUUCCACAAAGGCUAAAAAAGCAGAAAUUGGAGCAACAAUACAAGAAAUUUCUUGAAGUUUUUAAGAAACUCCACAUUAACAUCCCACUCGCACAAUACAAGAAAUUUCUCGAAAUCUUCAAGAAGCUUCACAUUAAUAUCCAGCUCGCUGAUGUACUAUUCCAGAUGCCUAGCUAUGCAAAGUUCCUAAAGGACAUGCUAUUAAAUAAAUGCAAGUUAGGGGACCACAAGACAGUAAUGCUAAUGGAGAAGUACAGCGCCAGAAUUCAGAAAAAGCUCCAAUCGAAAUUGAAAGAUCCAAGGAGUUUUACUAUUCCUUACACUAUUGUUAAAUUGGCUGAUCGGUCAUUGACUCAACCCAAGGGAAUAAUAGAAGACUUGCUUAUUAAGGUUGUAAAAUUCAUAUUCCCUAUGGAUUUCCUAAUUUUGGACAUGGAAGAGGACAAGGACAUCUCGUUGAUACUUGGCAUACUGUUCUUGCCAAUAUGGAGAGCUUUGAUCGAUGUUCAGAAUGGACAAUUGAUUUUGAGAUUGGGAGAAGAGCAAAUUUUGUUUAAUAUCUUCAAGACAAUGAAACUAUCUAUAGAGUCAGACAGUUGCUUCCAGAUUGAUGUGAUUGACAAGGUGGUUCAAGAUUCAUUUUUGCUACACAAUCUAUCAGAUGCCUAUGAAGCUUACAUUGUACACUCUCAAUCAAUGCAGUUCGAUUCAGUGGAGAUAGAAACAUGUGCAAGGUUUUUGGAUACUAACCAACCGUAUACACUUAGAAGGUAUUUUGAAGAGCUUAGGACAGGACCCACGAAACCACUACCAUCCAUUCAGCAGCCACCGAAAUUAGAACUUAAGCAGCUACAACCACAUCUUAGAUAUGCAUACUUGGGGGAGUCUUGUACACUCUUGGUUAUCAUCUCAAACAUAGUCAGUGAAGUGGAAGAGGAUAAACUGCUUAGGGUACUCAAGGAGAAUAAAAUAGCAAUUGGAUGGACUAUAGCAGAUAUCAAAGGGAUUAGCCCUUCACUGUGUAUGCAUAAAAUUCUCAUGGAUGAGAAUUACCGACCAACCAUAGAGAGUCAAAGGAGGUUGAACCCAACUAUGAAGAAGUUGGUUAGAGCCGAGCUACAAGAAAAGAUCACUUUUCCCUUCCAUUUAUUGAUCAAAUGCUGGAGAGAUUGGCAGGCCACUCGCAUUACUAUUUUCUCGGCGGGUAUUCAGGAGAAACGCCACUUCAUGAAGCAAGAAGGAAUUGUACUUGGGCAUCUGAUCUCAGCAAAAGGAAUUGAGGUGGACAAAGCAAAAAUUCAAGUUAUUAAGAAGCUACUAUCGCCAACAUCAGUUAAAGAAGCUCACAGUUUCUUGGGACAUACAGGGUUCUACAAGAGAUUUAUUAAGGAUUUUUGA